AUUUUGUGGCUCGUGUUCAAUAUUUCCACCGCAAGCGUGUCUCAGUCGUCGACCCGACCCUUGAAGGCGUGGCAUCCGAAUCGGCAACAGUGCUCCGCUUCACUCGCAGACUUCACUGCCACGCUCCGCGCCUGUACUAACGAAACAUCGGCUCCACAAGCUCAGCCCAACCCCGUCGGAAGCAGGCGGACGCCGCCUUGUGCCGGUGGUGGCAGCGGCAUCGUCGAGAAGGAGGAGAGGCAAGAGCAAGGGCUUCCCUCCCGACCAACCGCACCUAGUCUGAGGUGGGAUGAGGAAGGGCGGGUGCUGGCGAUGUUGGAGGGGCUGGCUCGGCGUCGACGUAGAGACGAGUUCUGUGCCGCUAUCGGGAGGAUGGGUUUUGGCAAGCGCGAAAAGGGUAAAGGAAAACCCCGAGUAGCUGCGGUAAAUAUACAUCGGGUGGAGGAGGAGGGUAGCCUGGAGGUCCUAGAGGCCUUCAUCCGAGCAGCGGCUGCCUGUCAGGAGCCGCGGGUCGCGUGGGGGGCGAUGGAGGUCAUGCUCCGGCGAUUGGAUGGUGCGGGGGAGGAGAAGGCGUGGAGCCCGCGGUGGGACACGUUCUCUACCUUGAUGAACUCUCUUCGCCGUGGGAAGGAGCUGGAUCUCCUGCUGCGGAGCUUCAAAACCGCCCUCCGGUUCCGGGGCCUGAGCAAGACCGUGCUCCUCAACAUCCUCCUUGCCGGCCUCUGCGACAAGAACAAGCACGUGGACGUGGCCGCCUUCUACCUGGAGACAGCGCAGGCCAAGUGGGGGGUGACUCCCAACGAGGUGAGCUGGAAUACGCUGCUGGGCGCGGCGGCGCGGCAGAGCCAGGGGCGGCUCUUCGAGGACCUUGAGAGGAAAAUGGCCGCCCAAGGUUUGGAGGGAGACGUUACGACCCGCAACAUCCGGCUGCAAGAAGCCUUCAGUGGGGGUCGGGAUCUCGGCAUCUCCCUUCCCCGGUACUACCCCGCCGUCUCCCUCUACCUUGCCGGUCGAGUACGAGGCAACUUCGGUCCUUCCCUGAUAUACCCUCCCCAGACCUCCAUCCCCUUCUCGCCCGUGGCCGUCCUCAAAGGUGGUCUCAAACGUGACGAGCUUGCGCUUCAUAAUCAGGCAGUAAAUGAGCGAAGAGCUGCCUUGGCUGCAAGACGACAGCGGCAGGAAGCGACGGAGCAGCAAGAGGGAGGGCGGCUGGUGGGAGAGCGCCACCAGCAAGUGGUGGGAGUGAAGGAAGUGAGAGAGGAGGCGGGGAACACUGAUGAGAGAGGAGGCGAAGAAAGGGAGGGGGGGCCAGCGGGGAGGGUCGCGGGGCACAACUCUUAG